AUGUCUUUGGUAUUAUGGAAAAUGGAUGAAGUUGAUUCACCUAUGAUUAGACCAAGACAUGCGCGACAAUCAACUAAUAAUUUUCAAUCUGAAUUAACAUCAAAGUUAGCAGAUAGAAGAAGAAAAAAUUUAACAACCGAUAUUACAAGUGAUGAGUCUGAUUCAGAAAAUGAUGAUUAUGUUGGAGAAUUGGGCUAUACAUCAAAGUCCAGAAAUCGACCAAACUCAGCAAAACGCAGACAAGCACCAGAUUUAGGAGCAACGUUAAAAUUUCAAGAUCGUGAUUCAUUGUUCAAUACUAUGAAUGAUAAAGAUAGUGGUCGAUCCAAGUUUUUAAAGAAACAAACCACUUUAGAUAGAAGUCCUGAAGAUCAUAAAGGUGGUUUAACAGCAGAAGAUAUUUUAUAUGAUAAACCCUCUCCUCGAAAGGAAGAUAGAAAGAGUCCAUUUUUAAGCAGAAAGAGUCCACUUUUAGAAGAUAUCUCCAAUAAGAGAGGAACAGAAUGGCAGCCACCAUCUUACAAAAACAAGGCUCCAUCCCCAGAUUUCCUCAGCAGAGAGCCUUCAGAUUUGUCAAGGGGACGACUGUCUCGAGAUUCUAGUAAGGAGCGUGAUGAAUCAUUUAGAAAAAGUCAAUUUGAAAGAUCUCCAAGAUUAGAACCAUUGGAAAGUCCUACUGGAAAGCCAUCACCCAGACCUAGAAGAACUGAUUCAGAAGAAACCAAAAAGAAGCGAGCAACCCCUACCAUGGAUUUAUUUGGAUCCAAAAGAAUUACUUUAGAUGAUGAUGAGGAAGAUGAAGGAAAACUGCCAUCACCUAAACCAAAACGACGCCAGUCCAAAGACUUAGAUCGCCAGAAAUCGUUUGAGUUACAAAGAUCAGGUAACAAGACGCCUGUCAGUGGCAGGAAGACACCUGAUGGUAGAAAAACACCUGAUGGAAGAAAGUCAUCCAUGGAUAGGAAAGCAUCAAUUGAUGGAAGGAAAACUCCAACAGGUAGAAAAACUCCUGUAGAAGACAGAAAAACACCAACAGAUAAAAGACGUCCUUUUGCGGAAGGUAGAAAAACACCUACAGACGACAGAAAGGCUGCUGGGAGGAAAACUCCAGUAGAUGAAAGAAGAUCGAAAUAUGAUGGGCGUAAAUCUCCUCCUGAAGAAAGACAACCAGAAAGAAGGACACCAUCCUUAAUGGAAUUGAUGGCUGGUGGUGAUACAGCAGUUAAUGAUAAUAAAUAUCGUAGUUCUUAUAGAAAAGAGAAAUCUAAUGAUUCAUUUACUGAAGAAAUGGAAGGUUACAUGCCAAGGUCUGAUGAGAUACGUCCGAAACGCAGAUCUUCUGUAAAGCGUAAUAAAGAGAGAGAAGCAGAUGCUAGUUCUAUUUGUGAAGAAUAUGAAGUUGAUCCGAAUCCACCAAAUGAAAAUCUUCGCAUACAGCCAGAAACAAAGCCAAGAAAGUCCUCAAAGAAUCAAACCAGUGAACAUAAAGAAAGUGAUGAAAUUAUUGAUAAUAUAGCUGAUGCUCAGAAUGCCAUGCAAUAUAUAGAUCCUGAUAAAAAGACAAAUACCCAGAAUAAAAAAGCAACAUUAGAUCAACAUAAACCUAAACCUCGAUACUCUACACCUGCAGGUGAAAAUAAAUCAACUGUUGUCUAUGAUAUCAAUGAUACUAAAUCAAUGAGAGAAGCUGUAUUCAACCAGUGGAAAGAAGAACGCAAUAAAAAAGCUAAGCAAGAAAUUUCUGAAAAGAAAAGGAAGGAAAAAGAAGAACAGGAGAAGAAGGAACAGGAAAAAAAAGAAAAGAAGUUAGAGGCUAUGUCUUCAUUCAAUGCUUGGAAUGAAAAGAAGACAGAAGAAUUAAAGAAACAACAGAAAGAUAAGAUGAAAGAAACAAAGAAAAUGGCAGAAAAAGAACAUGAAAAGCAGGAAAAGAAGAUUGAUGCUAUAAAAAGUUACGAAGCUUGGAAAGAAACUAAAGAUCAUGUUAUUAAACAUCAAUUGACUAAAAAACAAAGAGAUGAACAGAAAAAAAUUAGACAAGAACAAGAAAAAAAACAGGAGCGAUCAAAAUCUGCUAGUUCAGCAUUUAGAACAUGGAAAGAUAGAAAAGAAGUGGUGAUAAAGAAGAAGAUAAAAGAAGAAAAGAGAAGUCAACCUGAUCUUUAUGAAGAAGAAAAGAAAAGAGCAGCUAAAGAAGAAGCAGCCAGAGAAGAAUAUGAAAUUUGGCUGGAAGAAAAGGAAAAACGGGAAAGAAAAGAAAGAGAAUAUAAAAGACAUCAAAGUUUAUCUAAUGAAAGUGAAUUCCGUCCAGCUUGGAGUCCUGCCAAUAGAACCAUUCCUUUUGGUAGAUAAUCUUUGAAUAAUGAUUUAGAAUAUCCUUUAAGUGCUUUUAACUAUUACACAUAGUCAGCCUGUUUAAAAUGAUGUAAAUUAGAGUAGUUGAUACUUUUCAAAUGUUUGUAAGUAUCAUAAAGUGAUUAGUUGACUCAGAUAUUGCAUAGGUUUAAUUUUUUGUCUUUAAUCAAUCAAUCAAUGAGAAAUUUUGACAAACCAAUAAGUCCUUGUUGUUAAUAUUAGUGACAGUGGUUGAGUCUGCCAGUAAUUUUAGCAAGUGAUCAUUAAUUUCAACUGAGAGUGAUCACUGCCCUUUUAUAACAAGGUCGGCAAUGUCUAAUUUUGUUAAUCAUAUGAACUUGAAUGUGUUAUUCACUGGAGAUCUCACCUUUUAAGUAUAAUAUUGUAUAUACAUCCGUCCAUCAAUAAUUAUUUUUAUACACCUGUUAUAUCCAAGACACAUAUUUUCAUCAUUGUUUGAUUCAUAUUGUCAUAUGGACACUGUACAAGAUAGAAUUUUAUUCAGAUUUUUAUGUUGGUGAAUCCAUGACUUGUUCAAAUUAUUACCUUAAUUUGCAAGCGUUUUCAUGAAUGACCAUAGUAUCUUUAUGCUGCAAAAUGACAUGAAUUAUUUAUGAACUUCAUUUGCUUUUUAUCAUUAGUUUGAUUUUCAGAGUUUUUCCACGAUGACAUUCAGGUUUAACUCUGUUUUAGAGUACAUGUAAUAUCUAUAUAUUUCAAAAUAUAUAUCAAGUAAAUCGGCACAUACUCUUACCAUAAGAUUUUAAUGAAACGUGACUUUUUUACUAAUUUGUCUACCUCACUAAUUACUGAAAGUAGUUCAGCAAUUCAUAUAUGGUCACUUAACCUACUUCAAAAUCAUAUUGAUUAUGGUUCGAAAUAAUACCGUUCAAGGUUUGAUAUUGCCAUUUGACAUAAUUUUUAGUUUUAGGCCUAGAGUUUUAAAAUACAUUGUAGCUUUUUGAAAUUUUUAGGUUGUAGUGAAUUGGAAUUUAAUAGGUUUUCUAAUUGAUGAAUUGAAAUAAGAAUAGGACAGGUUAUAUUUCUUUAAUCAUUCUAAUUUGGUGUUAUAUUUUGUGUUUAUGUUCAGAUUCUGUGAUAGAUUUAUAUAUUGUAUUUAUUUUAACUUGUCUUGUAUUUUUGUUAUGUUAUGUACUUGUAUAUUUUCUUAUAUGGAUCUUAAUUUGUACAAACU